CCCUCCCACACACAGCGCAGUUAUCGUCCUCACAACAGCAAGAUUAAAACAAAUACAAGCUCUGGUAUGGGCGCUAUGUGAUGACGCAUGGUGUUUGGUGAGACACUGUCAGUUUUGAUAGUGGCCGCCGCUGGUGGGGAUGGCAGAUGCGGCGGCUCUGAACGGGGAAGACAAGGAGGAGGAUGGAGGGAAGAAACCGAGGACAGCUGCUACGGGGCCGACGGAGACUUUGGGCUUCUACGAGAGUAGCGAUUGGAGUCUGGGGGAAGCAAAGAGGAAGAAGCAGAGUCUGUCAGAUCUUUCUUUACUGAGAUUUAUCAGUGCUGAACUGACAAGGGGCUAUUUCCUUGAACACAAUGAGGCAAAAUACAAAGAGAGAAGAGAGCGCGUAUACACGUGUCUGCGGAUACCCAGAGAGCUAGAAAAGUUGAUGAUUUUUGGAUUUUUUCUGUGCCUGGAUGCUUUCCUGUAUGUCUUCACGUUACUUCCACUGAGAGUUCUGCUGGCUUUUAUUAGGUUAAUUACAUUGCCAUGUUGUGGAUUAAGUGGUGGACGUGUUCUGCAGCCGGCGCAAGUAUGCGACAUCAUGAAGGGAGUGAUCUUGAUAAUAUGCUACUUCAUGAUGCAUUAUGUGGAUUAUUCCAUGAUGUACCACCUAAUAAGAGGCCAGUCUGUGAUAAAACUUUACAUAAUAUACAACAUGCUGGAGGUUGCAGAUCGUCUGUUUUCCUCUUUCGGACAAGACAUUUUAGAUGCACUUUACUGGACAGCAACAGAACCGAAGGAGAGGAAGAGAGCGCACAUUGGUGUGAUUCCUCAUUUUUUCAUGGCUGUAUUAUAUGUCUUUCUACAUGCCAUCCUUAUACUUGUGCAAGCCACAACUCUUAAUGUGGCAUUUAACUCCCACAAUAAGUCACUGCUAACCAUCAUGAUGUCUAAUAAUUUUGUUGAAAUAAAGGGGAGUGUCUUCAAGAAGUUUGAGAAGAACAAUCUGUUCCAAAUGUCAAACAGUGACAUUAAAGAAAGAUUUACCAAUUAUGUGCUACUCCUUAUUGUGUGCCUAAGAAAUAUGGAACAGUUCUCUUGGAAUCCAGAUCACCUUUGGGUGUUAUUCCCUGACGUUUGCAUGGUUAUUGCGUCUGAGAUUGCAGUGGAUGUUGUAAAACAUGCCUUCAUUACCAAAUUCAACGACAUCACUGCAGAUGUGUACAGUGAAUACCGAGCCAGUCUUGCCUUUGAACUUGUGAGCAGUCGGCAAAAAAAUGCUUACACGGAUUACAGUGACUCUGUUUCCAGGAGAAUGGGUUUUAUACCUCUUCCUCUAGCUGUUCUUCUUAUCAGAGUGGUGACCAGCUCAAUAAAAGUGCAAGGAAUUUUAGCAUAUACAUGUGUUGUGCUCUUCUAUUUGGGUUUAAUAACAUUAAAAGUCCUGAACAGCAUAGUAUUGCUGGGGAAAUCUUGUCAAUAUGUCAAAGAAGCAAAAAUGGAAGAAAAGUUAUUCCAGCCACCUGCCACAGGCGCACCUGGGAAACCGCCAAAGAAAGCCCAAAGUAAAUCGAAAUCCAGUCAAGGCAUCCCUGCAGAGGAAACAGUCAACACUUCCAUCACCAGCCAGCCUAUUCAUCAGGCAGCAAGUACAGCACCACUUCUCGUGGAAACUAACCCAGACAAAUUCCUGACCACUCCAGAUGGUGAAGAAAAAGAUAUCACCCAGGACAAUUCAGAACUAAAACACAGAUCUGCAAAUAAGGAUUUGCUUGACAUAGACAGGUUUACCAUUUGUGGGAACAGAAUAGACUGAUGUGUUCUCCUUGGUGACUAUGGGGCAUUGAAGAGAAAGGACAAGAGGUUUCUGAAUAAUUUGAUAUUUAUUUACCUUUUUUAUGAUUUCCACAAAGAAAGCUGUUUUCUCUUCACAUGUACCAUGCUGGAAUUGUUAGAAGUAAUACCGUUUCUUGAAGGGACUGGAUUGAAAAUAUUUUUCCCAAAAUGUGUGAAUUGUGCUCACAAGCUUGGCGGAAUUGCAGUUUUCCUAUUAAAGGAAUCAAAUAAAUUGGAAUAUAAAAAUUUGCUUUGCAAAGCAGUGCUUUGAGCAAAAAUAUUUUUUGAGUGUAAGUUGUAUGCAUAACAAAUUACAUACGGAUGGUGUCGUAACUAAUUUAUAAAAUGUGGACAAAUUUAUUUGAAACCUAGAAGAAGAAAAAAACCUCAUCAUUGGUUCUCAGUUAUUGUAACACUGAAAAUGCUAAUCUAAGUUCACUUGCCUUAACAAAAAUAAACAAAACUACCAUAUAUUUAAAGCCACUGAGUUAAAACACUCAACCUUAUGUCUUGCAAAAUAUUGCUUUUUUGCUAUAAUGGGAUUUUAACAAUCUGAAUACAGGGUUCUUUAAUUUA